AGGUCUACCAACAAGUCUCAGACCUCGGACAGCGCCUUAGUGUGCGUGUGAUACCGGUUACCUGGAGUGGCCUAAUAAAUAGAGUGUGCAUUGAACCUCUUUGUAUGACGACCAUGCAUCCUUCAACUCAAUCACACAGCAUUCAACAACCAACCUAGUGGACGAGACCUCAAUCGACAUGCCUUCGCCAAACCCGGACUGGGUCAAAGCUCUAAAGCCCUCAGGGCCGCAAGGAUCGGAGCUCCUCCAACAAGAGAGAGACCGGUCAGCUCUCAAUGUCGAUCAGCUCGCGACAUUCAUGUUUACCAGCGAGGUGCUGGAGAGGAAUGCGAAGAUCUUAGAGAUUCUUCAAUCCCAUGAUGUAUUUGAUAAAUCGCAGAAUUACUUUCGGGGUAGACGGGAAAGGCUUGAAGCCGCUUUGGCCAGAGCAAAGGCACUGAGACAGCUCAGUGUCAAGCAUGGAUGGAGCCAGGAAGAGUAUAAUGCCGCCAAUGAACUCAUCAGCGAGCCGACACCGUACGGUCUACAUGCCUCUAUGUUUCUGAAGACGUUAGAGGAACAAGGAACACCAGAACAGCACAAGCUCUUCCUGGAGCCAGCACGGCGCUACGAUAUCAUUGGCUGUUAUGCACAGACUGAGCUUGGCCACGGGUCUAAUGUCCGAGGUUUGGAGACAACCGCGACAUGGAACGCCGCAGACAAGACAUUCACGCUGCACUCUCCUCACCUUACUGCCUCGAAGUGGUGGAUUGGAUCCCUAGGACUAGCUGCGAACCACGCGGUAGUAGUGGCACAACUCAUCUUGAAUGGAAAGUCCUACGGUCCCCACCCUUUCGUUGUUCAGAUCCGAGAUCUCCGGACACAUGAGCCUCUUCCUAACGUCCACGUCGGCGACAUUGGUCCAAAGUUUGGUUACAAUACCAUGGACAAUGGCUUCCUGCUCUUUAACGACGUCAAAGUCCCCCACGUCAAUAUGCUGAGUCGAUUUUCAGCGGUAGACCCUGCGACUGGGAAAUAUGUUCGGCCGGCGAACCCGGCGCUCAUCUACGGCACAUUGACGUUCAUCCGAUCUAUGAUCGUCCUUCAGUCCGGUAGUACUCUUGCUCGAGGAGUGACUAUUGCUACCCGUUAUUGUGCGGUUCGACGCCAGUUCCAGGACCGUGAUACACCUGAGGGCACGGUCGGAGAGAACCAAGUUCUCGACUACACGAUGGUGCAGUACCGCAUACUGCCGUUGCUGGCAGCUUCGUAUGCCUUACACUUCACAGGUCGCAUCAUGGUGAACCUCUACAACGCAAAUCAGAAACGUAUGAGCCAGGGGCAGAAUGUCCGUCCUGGCGCGGAUGCAAAGCGGAGUCCCGGCCCAGAGCAGCUCAACUCUACCAGCGAUCUUCUGGCAGAUCUUCAUGCCGUUUCAUGUGCCCUUAAAGCCUUUGCUUCGACCACAGCUGCCGAAGGUCUGGAGGUAUGCCGUCGCGCCUGUGGCGGACACGGGUAUUCGGCAUUCUCGGGCAUAGGCAGCUGGUAUGCUGAUUAUUUACCCACGGUGACAUGGGAAGGUGAUAACUAUAUGCUGACACAGCAAGUUGCUCGCUAUCUCCUCAAGACUGCCCGCACCGUACUCUCGGGCAAAUCUACUGACACCAACGGCAUAACCGGUGUCUUCAAAAACUUUGUCCGCAGGCAAGACAUUGGGGCAGCCUUCGACGUACUCGAUAACGAUCAGGAUCUCGUUGACGCAUUUGCUUGGCGCGUUGCGUUCUUGACUUUCGAAGCUCUUAAGCACAGAGACGAAGAGAAGCAGUCUUGGAACAGCCUUCUCAUUGACUUCUGGCGUCUCUCCACUGCCUACGCGCAAUACCUAGCAGUCAAAAAUUUCUAUGACGCCCUUCAAGACGAAAAUACAACGGCAUCGCUCGAUUCAACCACAGUGGAGCUGCUCCAUAAGUUGUUCCAGCUGUUCGCUUUCUAUCACUUAACAUCGAAUGCUUCCGAGUUCUUUGCUAGUGCCGCCACGACAGUACGCCAGAUCCAGCUGGCACGCACAAAACGAACGCUCUCUCUCCUCCAGGACAUCAGACCCCAUGCCGUAAGACUCGUGGACGCAUGGAAAUUCCCGGAUUGGCAGCUAGAUAGUGCAUUGGGACGUUACGAUGGCAAGGUCUAUGAAGAUAUUUUCCACCGAGCUUCCCAAGUGAACCCAAUCAACAACGAGAUCAUCGACCCGUACCCAGAUUCUCCCGUAUUAUUCCGAGCGGACAAGACGAAGGCGAAACUGUGAGCCCGGUCUCAUAACGCGUCCAAUACCCGCGGAUAUCUUCGACGUCCCAGUCUGGAUGAAUCGCCACUGUAUAACGUCGCCGGAUGCAAUGAUCUAAUGAUGGAAGGACAGUCCCUCCGAACGCCGUCCAAUUUCGCAUCAUCGGCCCCGAAUAGGAACAUCAUUAUAUCAUCUUUCUGCGUCAUUCGUAUAUGUACAAGCAAACGCACAUUUCGCAUUGUCUCUAAGUUUAUACGACGCCGCUCCCGCCUUCGGGAUCAACCACCCGAUAUGCCAUACGUGGAUGGCUCUUGAAUAUGAAGCCG